AUAAAGAAACAAAGAAGAAAAAUAAGUCACUAAUAAAAAAUUCCUGAAAACCGCAACGAAAGUUCAAGGACUGCAAACCAUGUUCAGGUUUUUGAAGAUUCGUUUCUUCAGUAGAUCUUCACUGUUGUUGCUACAAUGACCAUCAUAGGAAUCUGUGGUGGCAGUGAACGUGGUGAUCUCGAACUCACCGACAAAGCAAACUACGUGAAAAAUGAAGAAGGGAAACGGAGUUACACUUGCGGCCAAAACCUCCUCAAUUACGUGGUGGAGUUUUGCAACAACGGCACAAUACACGGAAUUCGCUACUUCGGAGAGUACCGGACUUGGAUCGAGAAAUUGUGGUGGGCCAUUAGUAUCUGUCUAUCGCUCUAUUUUUGUAUAACUUUAAUCAUACAAACGUACAUUAAAUGGGAAACUUCCCCAGUUAUUGUAAGUUUCGCGACUAAAGAAACAGCCGUCUGGCAAAUCCCUUUCCCGGCCGUUACCAUUUGUCCCGAGUCCAAAACCCGGGCUUCCGUUUUUAAUUACACGCACUACUUGCAUAAAAAACAAGACAACGAAGUUCUAAGUGAAGAAGAGGAACGCAAAUUCGGAUACUUGUCGUUUAUUUGCGACACGAAGUUCGACAUUGAGUACAAAUCGCCGAAAUACGCCGAUGAAGAAAUGUUAGAGUUUCUUGAACAAGUCCAACCCAAAUUCCUGGAGGACUCGUUCGACUGCAAAUUCCUGGGAAUUCCAUACAAUUGCUCCGAAUUAUUCGUCCCCAUUUUGACAGAUGAUGGAAUCUGCUACGUUUUUAACAUCGUCGACAGAACCCAACUUUUGAGUGACAUAGUGGUUCAUUUUAAGAACUACCACAAAACCCAAGUUUCGCACGACUGGAACCUGGAGCAGGGCUACGCGCCCACGGCGGGGAUUGACGCCUACCCCCGAAGGGCCCUUCGGGCGGGAAUCCCCUACGCCCUUGAGAUCAAAAUGGCGGUUCACGUGGAUGAUUUGGACUACACGUGUGGGACUGACGUGAAAGGGUUUAAAGUCCAAAUAGCGCACCCGCAAAGGAUGCCUCGAGUGAAACAACAGCACUUUAUAGUGCCUUUGGAACGCGUGGCCAAAGCUGGGAUUGCUCCAGAUAUGAUGACGACCUCUGUCGAGGUCAAGGAGUACAAACCGAGGAAGCGCAACUGUCAUUUCCCCUCAGAACGAGGGUUGAAAUAUUUUAAAAAAUACAGUCAGAAUAAUUGUGCGAUUGAGUGUUGGGCCAAUUUUACGAUGAGUCGGUGCGGAUGUGUACCAUUUUAUGUACCACGGGAAGAAAGUGUGCCGUUGUGUGGGGCUGGAAGCCUACACUGCCUGGAGGAGGCCCAAAAAUACCAGUUUCGGGGCAAUCUUGAGAAAAAAAUCGACGCAUUGAGUAAUAAAAAAACCCACAGUGAUAUUCCCGACUGUCGUUGUUUCCCCAUUUGUACGUCGAUGUAUUACGACGUUGAAAAUACCCAAGCCACGUGGGACUGGAGGACGACUUACAAAUACAACAAGCAUAAACGUAUCGAUGUUAAUGACAAAAAUGGUUCUGGUUCCAGGAAACGCAUGUCCAUGUUACAGGUUUUUUUCAAAGGGAACCAAUUCAUUUAUUCGGAGAGGAAUGAGUUGUACGGAUCGACCGAUUUGUUGGCCAAUGUUGGAGGUCUGCUGGGGUUGUUUAUCGGUUUUUCGGCGCUGAGUCUCGUGGAGAUUAUUUAUUAUUUGACUUUGAGGAUUAUCUGCAAUGUUGCGAUGUUUGGACGCAGGAACUGGUCAGGAACCGUAAACUGAUUGUUUUGUGGUAAUCUGUAUUAUGUUGUUAAAACUUGAAAAUAAUAAAACUCGUUAAAAACUU